AGGCACUCCAAGGCAUCUGAACUUAAAUACAAGUGUAUUCUAUCUCAAAAAAAGGGAGACCUGGUUAACACAGAGAAUCAAGGAAAGACCAACUCUGAAUGGUCCUACCCUACAGAUUUGAAGAUCAUCUGUCUUCUGGUUCUGAGGAUUCCAGCAGGAGCAGAUCUCCACAACUCUUGGAUGAUGGUGAAAAGAGGGAGGCAGACACACUGGCAUCUCCCUGCUGGAAUCAUAACAAGCAACAACCAAAUCCGAGGCGAAAAGAAGAGUUCUCCAAAAUGCAUGAAGUGUGUGCCUAUCUGAACGCCCAUACCCCUCCUCGGACCGACGCAAUGGCCUCGGAAGUGGUGUGCGGGCUCAUCUUCAGGCUGCUGCUCCCCAUCUGCCUGGCAGUAGCAUGCGCGUUCCGGUACAAUGGGCUCUCCUUUGUCUACCUCAUCUACCUCUUGCUCAUCCCUUUGUUCUCAGAACCAACAAAAGCAACGAUGCAAGGGCAUACGGGCCGGUUGUUAAAGUCCCUGUGCUUCACCAGUCUUUCCUUCCUGUUGCUUCACAUCAUUUUCCACAUCACGCUGGCCAGCCUGGAAGCUCAACAUCGUAUUGGACCUGGUUACAACUGCUCAACAUGGGAAAAGACAUUUCGGCAGAUUGGCUUUGAAAGCUUGAAGGGAGCUGACGCUGGCAAUGGGAUCAGAGUGUUUGUGCCUGACAUCGGGAUGUUCAUUGCCAGUCUGACCAUCUGGCUCGUCUGCAGGAACAUCGUUCAGAAACCAGUGAUGGAAGAAGGAGCACAAUAUAACUCAGAGUUUGACCAUGAAGAAUUGGCCGGAGGAGAAAAAAUAGAUCCAGAAGAGGCACUGAUCUACGAAGAGGAUUUAGAUGAAGGGGACGGUGUGGAAGGCGAGGUGGAAGAGAGCGCAAAAUUAAAAAUGUUCCGCAGACUCGCCUCUGUGGCCUCCAGGCUUAAGGAGUUUAUUGGCAACAUGAUAACCACUGCUGGAAAAGUUGUGGUGACCAUUUUACUCGGUUCAUCAGGUAUGAUGUUGCCAUCUUUGACCUCAUCUGUGUACUUCUUUGUGUUUUUGGGUCUGUGCACCUGGUGGUCCUGGUGCCGGACAUUUGAUCCAUUGCUGUUCAGCUGUCUCUGUGUGCUGCUGGCUAUUUUCACUGCGGGGCACUUGAUUGGACUUUAUUUAUACCAGUUCCAGUUCUUCCAAGAGGCAGUUCCACCCAAUGACUACUAUGCAAGGUUGUUUGGUAUCAAAUCAGUCAUUCAAACAGACUGCUCCAGCACUUGGAAGAUCAUAGCAAACCCAGACCUGUCAUGGUACCACCACGCCAACCCCAUAGUCCUGCUGGUGAUGUACUACACGCUGGCCACUCUGAUCCGCAUCUGGCUGCAGGAACCCCUUGUGCAGGAUGACAGGACCAAAGAAGAGGACAGAGCCCUGGCUUGUAGCCCCAUCCAAAUAACAGCCGAGAGGAGGCGGAGCCUGUGGUAUGCCACCCAGUACCCAACCGAUGAGAGGAAACUUUUAUCCAUGACCCAAGAUGACUACAAACCAUCUGAUGGCCUGCUGGUGACCGUGAAUGGCAACCCUGUGGACUACCACACCAUCCACCCCGGUCUUCCCAUAGAGAACGGCCCCGCCAAAGCCGACCUGUACUCCACCCCGCAGUACCGGUGGGAGCCCUCCAAUGACUCCUCAGAAAAGAAAGAGGAAGAAGAAGAGGAGAAGGAAGACUUUGAGGAGGAAAGGAGCCAUGAGGAGAAACGAAGUGUUAAAGUUCACGCCAUGGUCUCUGUGUUCCAGUUUAUUAUGAAACAAAGUUACAUCUGUGCGCUUAUUGCCAUGAUGGCUUGGAGCAUCACCUAUCACAGCUGGUUGACUUUUGUGUUGUUGAUUUGGUCAUGUACCCUUUGGAUGAUUCGCAAUAGAAGAAAAUAUGCCAUGAUAAGCUCUCCUUUCAUGGUCGUCUAUGGAAAUCUGUUGCUGAUAUUACAGUAUAUAUGGAGUUUUGAACUUCCUGAAAUUAAAAAGGUCCCGGGAUUUUUGGAAAAGAAAAAGCCAGAAGAACUUGCCUCAAAGAUACUUUUUACCAUUACUUUUUGGCUACUGCUGAGGCAGCACCUCACAGAGCAAAAAGCUCUUCGAGAAAAGGAAGCUCUUUUAUCUGAGGUCAAAAUCGGAAGUCAGGAAAAUGAAGAAAAAGAUGACGAGCAAGAUAUACAAAUGGAAGGAGAGGCUGAGGAGAAGGAGGAAGAGGAAGCAAAGGAAGAGAAGCAAGAGACAAGGAAGGAAGAGGAAGAGGAAGUGGAGGAAGAUGACGACCAGGACAUUAUGAAAGUGCUGGGCAAUUUGGUGGUGGCCAUGUUCAUCAAGUACUGGAUCUACGUCUGUGGAGGAAUGUUCUUCUUUGUCAGCUUCGAGGGUAAAAUUGUGAUGUACAAAAUCAUCUACAUGGUGCUGUUUCUGUUCUGCGUGGCCUUGUAUCAGGUGCACUAUGAAUGGUGGAGGCGAAUCCUAAAGUACUUUUGGAUGUCUGUGGUCAUUUACACUAUGCUGGUGCUUAUCUUUAUAUACACAUAUCAGUUUGAAAACUUCCCAGGCCUGUGGCAAAAUAUGACAGGACUGAAAAAAGAAAAGCUCGAAGAUCUCGGCUUAAAACAGUUUACUGUAGCAGAACUAUUCACUCGCAUCUUCAUCCCAACCUCCUUUCUGUUGGUGUGCAUUUUACACCUCCACUACUUCCAUGAUAGGUUCCUGGAGCUCACCGACCUGAAGUCCAUUCCCAGUAAGGAAGACAGCGCCAUCUACAGACUGGCCCACCCUGAAGGCAGCCUACCAGACCUUGCCAUGAUGAAUCUGACCGCCAGCCUGGAGAAGCCCGGCUUGAAGAGGCUGACUGAGUCUGGGGAGGACAAACCAGAUGGAUGCCCCGAAAAGGCUGAGCUUGGGAAAGACAGUGAAGGGGAGGAGGAGGAGGAGGAAGAGGAGGAGGAGGAAGAAGAGGAGGAAGAGACAUCAGAUUUAAGAAACAAGUGGCAUCUGGUGAUUGACCGCCUCACUGUGCUCUUCUUAAAAUUCCUGGAAUACUUUCACAAACUACAGGUGUUCAUGUGGUGGAUUUUGGAGUUGCACAUCAUCAAAAUUGUCUCAUCAUACAUCAUCUGGGUCUCUGUGAAAGAGGUGUCACUGUUCAACUAUGUAUUUUUGAUUUCUUGGGCUUUUGCUCUGCCAUACGCCAAGCUACGCCGUCUGGCUUCAAGUGUCUGCACUGUCUGGACGUGUGUGAUCAUCGUCUGCAAAAUGUUGUACCAGCUGCAAACCAUUAAGCCUGAGAACUUUUCUGUUAACUGUUCCUUGCCAAAUGAAAACCAAACAAAUAUACCCAUCCACCAGUUGAACAAGUCUCAACUCUACAAUGCUCCUAUUGACCCAACAGAAUGGGUUGGCCUGAGGAAAUCUUCCCCUCUGCUCGUCUACCUGAGGAAUAAUCUGCUGAUGCUGGCCAUUCUGGCCUUUGAGGUUACAAUUUACCGCCAUCAGGAGUACUAUCGAGGUCGAAACAGCCUCACAGCCCCUGUGUCUAAAACCAUCUUUCAUGACAUUACAAGACUCCAUCUAGAUGAUGGACUUAUCAAUUGUGCCAAAUAUUUCAUAAAUUACUUCUUCUACAAGUUUGGUCUGGAGACCUGUUUCCUAAUGUCAGUUAACGUAAUCGGUCAGCGAAUGGAUUUCUAUGCCAUGAUUCACGCCUGCUGGCUGAUCGCUGUCUUGUAUCGGCGCAGAAGAAAGGCCAUUGCGGAAAUCUGGCCCAAGUACUGCUGCUUCCUGGCAUGCAUCAUCACCUUCCAGUAUUUCAUCUGCAUUGGCGUCCCUCCGGCUCCUUGCAGGGAUUACCCGUGGAGAUUCAAGGGUGCUAGCUUCAACGACAAUAUCAUAAAGUGGCUAUACUUCCCAGACUUCAUCGUGCGGCCCAACCCCGUGUUUCUCGUCUAUGACUUCAUGCUGCUCCUGUGUGCCUCCUUGCAAAGGCAGAUCUUUGAGGAUGAAAACAAGGCUGCAGUGCGGAUCAUGGCAGGGGACAAUGUGGAGAUCUGCAUGAACCUCGAUGCGGCCUCCUUCAGCCAGCACAACCCCGUGCCAGACUUCAUUCACUGCAGAUCGUACUUAGACAUGUCCAAAGUGAUCAUCUUCAGCUACCUCUUCUGGUUUGUCCUCACAAUCAUCUUCAUCACGGGGACAACCAGAAUCAGCAUCUUUUGCAUGGGUUACUUGGUGGCCUGCUUCUAUUUCUUGCUCUUCGGGGGUGAUUUGCUGCUGAAACCCAUCAAGAGCAUCCUGCGCUAUUGGGACUGGCUGAUUGCAUACAACGUUUUUGUGAUUACGAUGAAAAACAUAUUGUCAAUAGGAGCAUGUGGAUACAUUGAAAAAUUGGUUCAAAAUAGUUGCUGGUUGAUCCAAGCUUUCAGCCUGGCCUGCACAGUCAAAGGCUAUAAAAUGCCUGAUGAUGAUUCCUCAUGUAAACUACCCAGUGGUGAAGCAGGAAUUAUUUGGGACAGCAUAUGUUUUGCCUUCCUUCUGCUGCAGAGAAGAGUUUUCAUGAGUUACUAUUUCCUACAUGUUGUAGCUGAUAUAAAAGCUUCACAGAUCCUAGCAUCAAGAGGGGCUGAACUUUUCCAGGCCACAAUUGUAAAGGCUGUAAAGGCAAGAAUUGAGGAAGAGAAAAAGUCAAUGGAUCAGCUGAAGAGGCAGAUGGAUCGCAUCAAAGCCAGGCAACAGAAAUACAAAAAGGGUAAGGAGAGGAUGCUGAGCUUGACCCAGGAAUCAGGGGAAGGCCAAGACAUCCAAAACCUCUCUGAAGAGGACGAUGAAAGAGAAGCAGACAAACAGAAAGCCAAGGGCAAAAAAAAGCAGUGGUGGCGGCCUUGGGUUGAUCAUGCUUCCAUGGUCAGGAGUGGAGAUUAUUAUUUGUUUGAAACGGAUAGUGAAGAGGAAGAAGAGGAAGAAUUAAAAAAGGAAGAUGAAGAACCUCCGAGAAGGUCCGCUUUCCAGUUUGUUUAUCAAGCCUGGAUCACGGACCCUAAAACAGCACUCCGACAGAGGCGCAAAGAGAAAAAAAGGUCUGCCAGAGAAGAACAGAAAAGAAGGAGGAAAGGAUCUGGGGAGGGUCCUGUGGAGUGGGAAGCCCGAGAGAAUGAACCGAUCAAGAAGAAAUCUGAUGGACCAGACAAUAUCAUCAAGAGGAUAUUUAAUAUUUUGAAAUUUACCUGGGUCCUGUUUCUGGCAACAGUAGAUAGUUUCACAACUUGGCUUAACUCCAUUUCAAGGGAGCAUAUUGAUAUAUCUACAGUUCUGAGGAUUGAAAGAUGCAUGCUGACCAGAGAGAUUAAAAAGGGCAACGUUCCCACUCGGGAGAGCAUCCACAUGUACUACCAGAACCACAUCAUGAACCUUUCCAGAGAGUCUGGACUGGACACCAUUGACGACCGGCCUGGCGCAGCUUCAGGUGCACAGACAGCCCACAGGAUGGAUAGCUUAGAUUCGCAUGACAGUAUCUCCAGCGAGCCCACGCAGUGCACCAUGCUGUACUCACGCCAGGGGACCACAGAAACCAUAGCGGAGGUCGAGGCCGAGCAGGACGACGAGGCGGCGGCAGGUGACACCGACCAGGGAGGGGAGGAGGCCGUGGACCUGGGGCCGGAGGAGGCCUCGGAGGCCUCGGAGGCUGGCCUCACCCCAGACGCCGAGCUGCCGCAGUACUCCACAGAGGACGGGGACGUGGAGGCCCCUCCGUCCUACAGCAAGGCGGUCAGCUUUGAGCGCCUGUCCUUCGGCUCCCGGGACGACUCUGCAGGCCAGACCCACAUGGCCGUGAGCCCCGAUGAGAGCCGCUCAGACAGGCUCGAGUCCAGCAUCUUACCACCCCUGACUCACGAGCUGACGGCCAGCGAGCUGCUGCUGAACAAGAUGUUCCAUGAUGAUGAGCUGGAAGAGUCGGAAAAAUUCUAUGUUGGCCAGCCCCGGUUCUUGCUGUUGUUCUAUGCCAUGUACAACACUCUGGUGGCCCGCUCAGAAAUGGUGUGCUAUUUUGUGAUUAUCCUCAACCACAUGGUCUCUGCCUCCAUGAUUACCCUUGUGCUUCCCAUUCUGAUCUUCCUCUGGGCCAUGCUGUCUGUCCCCAGGCCCAGUAGACGAUUCUGGAUGAUGGCCAUUGUCUACACAGAGGUAGCAAUUGUGGUCAAGUAUUUCUUCCAAUUUGGCUUCUUUCCCUGGAAUAAGAAUGUGGAAUUGAACAAAGAUAAACCUUUCCACCCACCUAACAUCAUAGGAGUGGAGAAGAAAGAAGGUUAUGUCCUUUAUGAUCUCAUUCAGCUCCUGGCUCUUUUCUUCCAUCGGUCAAUUUUGAAGUGCCACGGCUUAUGGGAUGAAGAUGACAUCGCUGACAGUGGCACAGACAAGGAAGAGUCAGAUGAUGAGCUCUCCCUCAGUCAUGGCAGGAGAGCCUCCUCCGAUUCUCUGAAAUCCAUCAACCUGGCCGCAUCGGCUGAAUCGGUGCACGUGGCCUUCCCGGAGCAGCCUACAGCCAUCCGGAGGAAGCGAUCAGGCAGCAGCUCCCAGAUAUCCCCCAGAUCCAGCUUUUCUUCCAAUAGGUCCAAAAGAGGCAGCACAAGCACCCGAAACAGUAGUCAAAAAGGAAGCAGUGUUCUGAGCAUCAAGCAGAAAAGCAAAAGGGAACUUUAUAUGGAAAAGCUUCAAGAACAUUUAAUCAAAGCAAAAGCAUUUACGAUAAAGAAGACUCUGCAAAUAUAUGUGCCCAUCAGACAGUUCUUCUACAACCUCAUCCACCCAGACUACAGUGCUGUGACCGAUGUAUAUGUGCUCAUGUUCCUGGCUGACACUGUUGACUUUGUCAUCAUCGUCUUUGGCUUCUGGGCCUUUGGGAAACACUCAGCAGCGGCAGAUAUCACCUCUUCGCUGUCAGAGGACCAGGUCCCUGGGCCAUUUUUGGUGAUGGUCCUAAUUCAGUUUGGAACCAUGGUGGUGGACCGAGCACUAUACCUCAGGAAGACUGUACUGGGAAAGGUCAUUUUCCAGGUCAUUCUCGUGUUUGGAAUUCACUUCUGGAUGUUCUUCAUCUUGCCUGGUGUGACUGAGAGGAAAUUCAGCCAGAAUCUGGUUGCUCAGCUUUGGUACUUUGUGAAAUGUGUUUACUUUGGGUUAUCUGCCUACCAAAUCCGUUGUGGCUACCCAACGCGAGUCCUUGGAAACUUUCUCACCAAGAGCUACAAUUAUGUCAACCUCUUCUUGUUUCAAGGGUUCCGCCUUGUUCCCUUUCUGACUGAGCUGAGAGCUGUGAUGGACUGGGUGUGGACAGACACGACCUUGAGCCUCUCCAGCUGGAUCUGUGUGGAGGACAUCUACGCUCACAUAUUCAUCCUGAAGUGUUGGCGGGAGUCUGAAAAAAGAUACCCACAGCCCCGGGGGCAGAAGAAGAAGAAAGUGGUGAAGUAUGGCAUGGGAGGCAUGAUCAUCGUUCUGCUCAUCUGCAUUGUCUGGUUUCCCCUUCUCUUCAUGUCCUUGAUCAAAUCUGUGGCAGGGGUCAUCAACCAGCCCCUGGACGUCUCGGUCACAAUUACCCUGGGAGGGUACCAGCCUAUUUUCACAAUGAGUGCCCAGCAAAGCCAGUUGAAAGUUAUGGAUCAGCCCAAGUUUAAUAAAUUUAUGAAAGCUUUUUCUAGGGACACUGGUGCUAUGCAAUUUCUGGAAAAUUAUGAAAAAGAAGACAUAACAGUAGCAGAACUGGAAGGAAACUCAAAUUCUUUGUGGACCAUCAGCCCUCCCAGUAAGCAGAAAAUGAUAAGCGAACUCAUGGACCCCAAUAGUAGCUUCUCUGUUGUUUUUUCAUGGAGUAUUCAGAGAAACAUGAGUCUGGGUGCAAAGGCAGAAAUCGCAACUGAUAAGCUUUCUUUUCCUCUUAAAAAUAUUACACGAGAGCACAUAGCUAAAAUGAUAGCCGGCAACAACACAGAAAGUUCAAGAACACCAGUGACUAUAGAAAAGAUCUACCCAUAUUAUGUGAAAGCACCCAGUGAUUCGAAUUCAAAACCUAUAAAGCAACUUUUGUCUGAAAAUAAUUUCAUGAAUAUCACCAUCAUUUUGUCCAGAGACAAUACAACUAAAUCUAACAGUGAGUGGUGGGUUCUCAACCUGACUGGAAACAGAAUAUACAAUCAGCAUGCUCAGGCCUUAGAACUGGUGGUGUUCAACGACAAAGUCAGCCCACCCAGUCUGGGGUUCCUGGCUGGCUACGGUAUCAUGGGAUUAUAUGCUUCAGUUGUCCUUGUGAUUGGGAAGUUUGUCCGUGAAUUCUUCAGUGGGAUUUCUCACUCCAUCAUGUUUGAAGAGCUUCCAAAUGUGGAUCGAAUUCUGAAGUUGUGCACAGAUAUUUUUUUAGUUCGAGAGACAGGGGAACUGGAACUCGAAGAAGAUCUCUAUGCCAAAUUAAUAUUCCUGUACCGCUCACCAGAAACCAUGAUCAAAUGGACUAGAGAAAAAACAAAUUGAUGCUUUAAGACACAGACUGCAAAUCAAGUUAACAUUUGAAUUUAAAAAAAGCACAAUAUUCUCAUAAGAGCUAAGCAUUUCUAGUUGGAUGGAAAUGGUUUCUCUUCUGACAGGUGGUCAAAAGGAGCUGACUUCCUUUUGCAGUCUAAGCUACCUUGCAGAUGAAGGCACUGUUGAAAACAUUAUUUGUAAUUCCAUAUCUCCAAAAUCAGGGCUAUUUGUUUUAUGAUUUAGUCAACGGUGUAUUGCAUUCUGAUUGACUAUGCAAAGGAAUCAUUUAUGGGUCUCCUCCCUCAGAGAAACAGGAGAGAAGAGGGAAGAAGGAAAGGUGCCCGUGCUUUUCUGUGCAGGGCCCCACACACUUCUUAAAGAGAUGCUAUAAUUCAGUACACUGCACCCUGUCCCCAACGGGGAAGCUGCUGUCGGAAGAACAGAUGGGCCUCAGCACACCCCAAAAAUAUGCAACAGCAAUAGAGCCUGAAACUCCUGAAGAGAUUUCUGGGGGGAAACAAGAGAGGGAGCCAAAGACCCAUGAAGAUACCAGUGGAAGAACAAGCCUCAUUCUAAGCAAAAAGUUAACAUUAGUGACACUUACUGCCUUAUCUUAACUGAAGACUAGUAAAUAAAAUCUUUCCAUUAAACACCAGUGACUUCUCAGGAAAAAAGAAAAAAAAAGCAGCAAAACAAAAAUGUGGACACUGGUUUUGUUGAGGCACAGCUAGUGACUUGCUUCAGGGGUGGUGGCUGUUAUGCCUCAGAGCUCUGCUCCUCGUCAGACACAGGCUCCAGGUAGAAGGGUAAAAACGGCAGCCUGCUGGCUGUGGAGCACUGACUCUGGAACUCUUACUAACUGAGGCCAUGAGUACUCUUCUACCUUUCUCCCCAUCCCUCAACAUGCGUUUUCCCAUUUCGAUGAUUUAAGGCAAUGGUUUUUUCCAGUAUGUGACAUUUUCCUUCCUGUUUUUCAGGUAUAUCAAAGAGUUUACAUAUUCCAAUUCACAUUUUUACAUCUGAGACGGGUUUUUUAAGUUCAUAAUUAUGACAGAAAUAUGUAUAUUGAGCUUGGGGAAAUGAAAAACAAUGGCCUUUUCUUAAAUUAUUAUUAUUGGUAAUACAACCUCUUCAUUAAAUAACAAUGUAGCAUGAAAAUUUAUGAUUGAAAUGUAGUUUUCAUUCCAUAUUAAAAUAACAGUUUCUGAGGAAUCAUUGAAUGGACUAGAGUAUGUCAAAUAAUGACCCUAUGUAGUUUGGGUUCAGGACUGACUUAAAAUAAAGCACACCUUGCAAAGCCA